GCUGGCCGAGACUGGAACGUCCCUCGCUUGGGCGGCCCGAGAAGGGAGUUCUGUCCGCUUUGCUUCUACCGGCGAAGACCGCGAGUGCCUGCUAAAUCCAGAAGAGCAUGGGAGAGAGUCUUCCAACUUGACUUUUUGUUCUUUGGGCAACCAUGUUGAAACGAGCUCUUAAAUCCGAACCGGGUCCUGGAUCUGCUUCUCCUCGUGAUCCUUGUCGGGGAGACCCACAUCCGGAUCCCGCUCUGAGUGCAGGGCAGCGGAUUCUCCACGGAUUCCUCCGGAGGGAUGUUUUAUUCAGCAGUGCUUUGUUAAUCAGGCUGGGCCUGACGUUUUACGGGAUCUACCAGGACAGAACAAUGCUGGUGAAAUACACAGACAUCGAUUACCAGGUUUUCACCGAUGCCGCCAGAUACGUCACGGAAGGAAAGUCCCCUUACCAGCGGGCCACGUACCGCUACACUCCCCUCCUGGCCUGGCUGUUAACCCCCAACAUUUAUGUCAGCGACUUGUUUGGCAAGAUCCUUUUUGUGGCCGGGGAUCUGGUGGCUGCCUUCCUGAUCGACCAGAUCUUGCUCCUCCGAGGGCUGGAAAGCCGGACAGCUUGUGGGUGCGCUGCCUUCUGGCUAUUUAACCCGCUUCCCAUGACGGUGUCCAGCCGAGGCAACGCUGAAUCUCUCAUUGCCAGCCUGGUUCUUGGCACCCUCUAUUACCUGGCCAAGAGGCGGCUAGUGAAGGCGGCUGUGCUUUAUGGUCUUGCCGUACAUAUGAAGAUCUACCCCGUGACUUAUGCGCUGCCUUUUGUUCUCUAUUUGCAAAGCAACACAGGAGCGGAACUGGACAAACAGAAAAGGAAGGUAGCUUGCACUGGCCGCAGCCUCGGGCUGCCCUGGAGCUGGUUCACACGGGACGUCCUGAUUUUUGCCACCGUCUCUGGGGGCACCUUUGCCACCCUGGGUCUUGCUUUCUAUGUCUACUACGGCUGGGAAUUCCUGCAGCACACCUACCUCUACCAUUUGCUGCGGAGAGACACUCGCCACAACUUCUCGCCCUACUUCUACCUGCUGUAUUUGACAGCCGAGAGCCGCUGGAGUUUGGUGCUGGGACUGGCCGCCUUCCUGCCGCAGCUGCUGCUGCUUCUCGCCAUCUCCUUCGUCUACCACCGAGACCUGGCUUUCUGCUGCUUCUUGCACACGGCAGUCUUUGUGAGCUUUAACAAAGUCUGCACCUCCCAGUAUUUCUUGUGGUACUUGUCCCUUCUCCCCCUGGUCCUGCCUUUCCUGCAGAUGUCCUUGGGGCGGGGGGCAGUGUUGCUAUCGCUGUGGCUCCUGGGGCAGGGUCUCUGGCUGCUCCCCGCUUAUUUCCUGGAGUUUCAAGGGCAGAAUACAUUUCUGCUCCUCUGCCUGGCGGGUUUGGGGUUCCUCUCCAUCAACUGCACGAUCCUCGUUCAGAUGAUUUCUCACUACCAUCCAGAACAGGGCUCCAGAAAAAUGAAGCAGCUGUAAGUCAGCUUGCUUCUUUAGGCUAUGAAGUCACAUGGAUCUGAGCAGCAUCAGGUCGAACGAAUCAUCAUCAUUUAGCUACCCCAUAAUCCCUUGCGGGGUGGAGUCUGGACAACUAAAUGGAGCUAGAGCGUUUACUGGCCAGCUGCCGUUCCUGUCGCCAGUGCGGAGUUUUUUCCCCAGCAGAUAUAUUCUCAUUGUGCCCAGAGAGAGAGAAAUAUCUGCCUCUACCUAGGAUUGAACUCGCAGCCUCCUGACUGUGAGGUGAGAGCUCCACCUCUAGGCCACCACACCACUCAUCAUGUCAAACAAAUGAACACAAGAAAUAAAGUUGCUAUGAAAAGAGGUAAGGGACGAAUAGAAUUGGAGGAAGGGCAGAGAUGUUAUUCCACAGUGGCAAACAGAUCAGUUCUCUCCAACGAACAAAUUCAAUUCAACAUUUGAUUCGUGAAAUAGAAGGUUUCUAAGGUUUUGGGGUUUUAUAAAUACUUUUUUCACAACCUCCGUCCACUCUGAAUAUAUAAUCUGUAUGGAUAUAAGGAAAACAGAAAGUAUUAUAUUAACAAGGCUGUUAAGAUGAGAAGGGAUGUAUUGAACUGAAAUGGAUUGCUGAUAUUUUAUUUGGAUUUGGCUGAAGCCUACGCUUGCAAAUAAAUGUUUUAAAUAUAAA